AUGAGUGACCAAUAUAUAAAAAGCAAAAUCCUUUUUAAAAACCAACCUCGGUGGCCAACUGCCCUUCUGGCCAAACUCUUCUGUCCAUGUCCAACAGGUCAAUAUCAGAGUUACAAACCAGAGCACAGAUUACGCUGUUAUAUCAUAGUAGUAAGUCAGACACUAACAGGUCUUUUUCUUUCUUCCUUAGGUGAGUCUCAGGGUGUGGUGAACUUUGUAUUCUCUAAAGACACCAGUGACCUCUCUCUGGUGGAGCAGGCUAAUGUCUGGCUUUUCCUACGUCUGGCUAAAGCCAACCGCAGCCGAGCCAAAGUUACAAUUCGCCUCUACCAGCAACACAGUCUCACAGAUGGACGCCCUCUUCUACCUAAGGACGACAUCCUGCUGGCAGAGAAAAAGGUUGACACCCGUCGCAGUGGCUGGCACACCUUUCCAGUAUCAGCAGCAGUGCAAAAACUGCUAGAGAGCAGUGAGAGCUCUACUCUCAGCCUACGAGUGUCUUGUCCACUCUGUGGUGAUGCUGGAGCCACCGUUGUACUGGUCUCCAGAGGGUCAGAGACGUCACAGCGUUCCAGCCAGAGAGAGCAAUCCCACAGGCCCUUCCUGAUGGCCGUUGUCCGACAAGGGGAUGCCAGUGACGGGCGGCGGCGCAAAAAGCGCGGGCUGGAGUGUGACGGCAAAGUCCGUAUCUGUUGCAAGCGUCAAUUCUACGUCAACUUUAAAGACAUCGGCUGGAAUGACUGGAUCAUUGCACCUCCAGGUUACCACGCCAACUACUGCGAGGGCGACUGCCCCUCUCACGUGGCAAGCAUUGCGGGGUCAACCUUGUCCUUCCACUCCACAGUCAUCAGUCAAUACCGGAUGAGGGGCUACAGCCCAUUCCAGAACCUAAAGUCAUGCUGCGUGCCCACACGACUACGGGCGAUGUCCAUGCUCUACUACAACGAGGAGCAGAAGAUCAUCAAGAAAGACAUCAAAGACAUGAUUGUGGAAGAGUGCGGCUGCUCGUAAAUGCAGACAAUACAAGUAGACAAGAGGGCACACCUCUGAAGUCUGACAAAAAGACGGGGUCAGAGAAGAAAAAAGUGACUUUAAUAAUUGUGGCUUUUACUUACGACACCCAUCUCCAUCAUACCCUCUGGGAUUUAAAAAAA